AUGGCAGGAACACUUCAUCCAGAUAGAGAAUUGCAACGUUUCAACACAGCCAAGGAGAAAAUUGGUCAAUACUUUCGUUUUAAGCCAAGAUCUGCAUUCUUUGCAAUUCUUACAAUGGGAAUAAUUCCAGUGGGACUUACGAUGGUUGCAUACAACUACGAAGGUGUUGUAUCGAGGAGGCAGGUUUUUAGAACACAACCAGUAUUGGAGAACAGUUAUGUACCUAGAGACAAGGAUUUGUAA